GUUACUAUGCAGCUUGGACUGUGUGCAGUGGUGGUUUUUCUCAGCUUGGCGGAUCUUGCAGAUAGCAUCAGCAGCACCAAGACCCCAAAGGGCAAACGGCAAAGACGAAUUAGCACCGAGGUCAGCCAGGGCUGUGCUAAAGGCUGUGACCUGUGCUCUGAGUUCAACGGGUGUCUCAAGUGUUCUCCCAAGCUCUUCAUCCUCCUGGAGCGCAACGAUAUCCGCCAGACUGGGAUCUGCUUGCCCUCGUGUCCACUGGGCUAUUUUGAUGUGCGCAAUCCUGACAUGAACAAGUGCAUGAAAUGCAAAAUUGACAACUGUGAGGACUGUUUUAGCCGAAACUUUUGCACAAAGUGUAAGGACGGCUUGUACUUGCACAAAGGAAAAUGCCAUGCCAUCUGUCCUGAGGGCUUCUCCGUUGCCAAUGGCACGACGGAAUGCAGCAGCCCUGCAUUAUGUGAAAUGAGUGAGUGGGGCUUAUGGGGACCUUGUUCUAAGAAGCGGAAGCUGUGUGGUUUCCGGCGGGGCCAAGAAGAGCGCUCCCGCAAGGUCCUACAAGUGCCCUCUGGAGAUGUUUCCAGAUGUCCUGCUACCACAGAGCUCCGAAGAUGUUCAGUGCAGAGGAACCAGUGCCCAGAAGGAUGGGGGAAAAGGAAGGAAGAACAAGGCAGACGAGACCUCACAAAGGAGGACAAAAACCAGAAGGAUGCUAAAGAAAGCAAGGCUGGCAUCAAAAAAAGGAAAGGCUUGUUCCAGGGACCUGCCAUGCCUGCAGCCUCUGUCUAAUAGCUGCCCACCCACAGCGUAGUGAUGGUGAAU